AUGCCCGAACCAGCUAAUAUUACUGCCGCGCCCAAAAAGGGCUCCAAGAAAACCGUCCCCAAGACCGCCGGCAAAGGAGGCAAGAAGCGCAGAAAGUCCAGGAAGGAGAGCUACGCUAUCUACGUGUACAAGGUCCUGAAACAGGUCCACCCUGAUACCGGGAUCUCCUCCAAGGCUAUGGGCAUCAUGAACUCCUUCGUCAACGACAUUUUCGAGCGUAUCGCUGGUGAGUCCUCUCGUCUGGCUCACUACAACAAGCGCUCCACCAUUACCUCCAGGGAGAUCCAGACCGCCGUGCGCCUGCUGCUUCCCGGUGAGCUGGCCAAGCACGCCGUGUCCGAGGGUACCAAGGCCGUCACCAAGUACACCAGCUCCAAGUAAAGCGCCUUAGUCGCUCUGGCAAACCAACGGUUCUUUUAAGAGCUACCCACCUUAUCAAGAUAAGAUAAUUUUCUUCUUUUUAAAUAUUAGAUCUGAAUAUGUUAUACACACUUUAUCUAAGUAGCUUCCCAUGUUUGUAAUACUUGACUCUUUACCUUCUUUUAUUUAUUUAUUAAUAUAUUACUGUUUUUGGGCCCUGACUGCCACGGAGCGAGCGUUACCCAGAGACACUUGCGGCCGCGGUGUUAAUAACUGUUAGUUCUUUGUUGUACGUGUUUAUUGGGUUUGUUUAUGUUUGGUGUUCUGUUUAACGAUGUUAGUUUGUGCAGAGUGUAUUUGUUUAUUUAAUCUAAAACCUACCGUAACCGUGUAGCGCGGGGUUAGGGAUAACAUGGCUACAAUAGCCGGAAGUAGAUGGAUGUGUUGACGUGUCUUAAACCGUGUAACUAAUAAAGAGAUGAUCCUGUUGUCA